AAAGGUGCUACAUCAUCCACAGCUGUUAAUAUUGUUGCUAUUUUGGACAACCCGGCAAGAGAUGUAGGCUUUGCUGUUUUCAAUAUGAGAACGAAUUCAAUCUUCCUCACUCAGUACAAUGAAGGAUCAAGCUACAUCAACACUUGUAAUAUGUUGAAAGUGUAUGAACCAUCCGAAGUACUUUUUCCUAAAUCUUUGUUUGAUUCGAAACUAGCCUCUAUCGUCAAGCAAGAAUUAGAAUCUAAUGCUGAUAAUCAAAAUAGUGCUGCAAAGGCUAAGGUAACCUUCAUUGCUAGAAAACUCUUCAAUGAGAAUAAGGGAGUUGAAAUAAUAGACACCCUAAUGAUGGAUGAUAAUGCUUCUAUCAAAUCCGAUACAAUUGCCAAAUAUUUGAGUGUUAGUUCCCUCUCUGCUGUUGUUCAAUAUGUUGAAUUCAUUCAAGAGUUAACAUUUCAACCAAGAAGUCUCCGAAUUAAUUAUGUUGCUUGUGAUGGACAUUUAAUGCUUGACUCUGCCAGUAUUUCUUCCCUUGAAAUUGUUAGAAGCCUCAAAUAUGGAAACUCUCAUUGUACACUACUCUCACAUAUUGAUAAUACUAAGACACCAAUGGGAAAGAGAAUCAUUAGAUCAAAUAUUCUUCAACCAUUGCUUGAUGUUAAUUCUCUCAAUGCCAGAUUAGACAGCACUGAGGAGAUAUUGUCCAAGGAGAAAGAGUUUUUCGAAAUUGGAGCUCUCCUUGCAGAGUUUAGUUCCAUUGAUCUGAGUCAUCUAUUAACUCAAUUCACUCACACCAGAAAGAAUGCGAGAGGUUCUUGCCACACUCUUGUACUCAAUAUUAUUAGCUUGAGGAAGAUGUUGAGUAAACUCCCCAAACUAGAAAGUUGCAUGAGAGAGUAUAAUACUCCAAUCCUCCAAGCAAUUUGUAGUGCUCUCAAAUUCCCUGAAAAUGAAUCUCUUCAAGAAGAAAUGGACGAGAUAAUCAAUGAGAAAAGCAUUCUUAGUUGUAAAAACAAACAGCAACAAAUUAUCUUUGCAGUAGCUCCUGAAAUUGAUGCUCUGUUGGAUAUUGGAAGAAAGAAAUACAUUGAGACUGUUGAAGAAAUCCACGAACAUCACAAGCAUUGCCAAUCAGAGGCAGGAAUUUCCUCUCUCAAGUUAAAAUACAAUGUAAGAAGAGGAUAUCAUUUUAGCAUUGAAGAUAAAAAUGGAGAGUCACACAAAAUGUUCAUUCAAAAGUCAAAGAAAGGAAAACAAACUCACUGCUCCACCCAAGAAUUGAACUCCCUUAAUGUUAGAUUGAAGGAAAUUAUUGAUGAAAUCUACCUAAUGACAGAUUUGGUUGUGAAUAGACUUGUAGAAUCCAUUAGAAAUCAUUUGAGUCAACUUUACAAGCUGAGUGAGUCCAUUGGAUUAUUAGAUAUGCUUUAUAGCUUUGCCACCUUAGUUACUCUAUCCAACAAUUACGUGAGACCAGAGUUUUGUAGCGAGGGACCAAUAGCCAUCAAACAAGGAAGACAUCCUGUCAUGGAGAAGCAACUUCAAGGCCAAUAUGUUCCUAAUGAUACCUUUAUGGCCGAAUCAUGCAACUUUCAAAUAAUAACUGGAGCCAACAUGAGCGGCAAGAGCACAUAUCUUAAACAAAUAGCCACUAUUCAGAUACUAGCUCAAAUUGGAAGCUUUGUUCCAUGUGCUUUUUGCAAUUUAAGAAUUUGUGAUAGAGUAUUCACCAGAAUUGGUAAUAAUGAUAGUAUUGAGAGCAAUAGCAGUACAUUCAUGGUAGAAAUGAAAGAGGUAACCAAUAUUGUUCAAAAUGCAACAAACAAAAGUCUAAUAAUUAUUGACGAACUAGGAAGAAGUUCAAGUAAUAUUGAGGGAACUUCAAUUGCUUGGAGUAUUGCAGAACAUUUGAGUUCAAUCAGAGCCUAUUCUCUCUUUGCAACACAUUACACAGAAUUGAGUGAUUUGGAGAGCUUGUAUCCAAAUAUUAAAAAUUCACAUCUCAGAGUAACAACCACACAAGACGGUGAAUUAAACUACUUGUAUCAAAUCCAACCUGGUAACUGUAGUGAAGACAGAUAUGGUAUUAAGCUUGCAAAAAUGCUUGGUCUCUCUUCCAAGAUUAUCACUGAAAGUGAGCAUAUUCUCGAUGAAUUACUCCAGCAAAAG